AUGUUCAGCAACAAUAAAGGAUUCGAUGCCACCAAGCUCAAAGCAGCACUCAAGCUGGCUAGCAGCCGCUUUGACGUAGCCAAAAACAAAAAGUCGGCGCUCAUGAAACAAAACAUGAGAGAAAUUGCCAUGCUACUGGCCGAAGAGCCUCCCAAAGAAGAAAAGGCAAGGAUUCGAACGGAACGAUUGAUCAAAGAUGACUACUUGAUUGAAGCAUAUGAGAUUCUUCAACUGGAAUGCCAAUUGCUGACAGAGAGAGUGCAGCUAUUGAAGCACUCCAACAAGAAUGAGUGCCCUGCGGAUCUUGUGCCUU